AUGGACCCUGGUGAAGAAGCUGCUGCACCUGGGGGAGAUGAUCCAUUCCUCCUCCAUGCUGCAAAAUGCGCUUUGCAGGGGCUGCCCCCUCGGGCUGCAUUCACCCUGCCUGCUGCCGUUCCCCGCCUUCCGCAGCCGUUCAGCACCUGGAUCCAAAACGGGCUUCUUACCAGAUUGCAGACUUCAGCUCCCGCAAUACGAACUCUAUCAUCAUCGAAUUCCUUUUCUCAAAACAUUCCAAGCUCUUUGUGGAAACUGGGCCGACUUAAUCAUGUAGCAAUUGCAGUACCUGAUCUGGAGAAGGCUCAGUCCUUGUAUAAAGAUGUGUUAGGAGCACAGGUGAGCGAGACUGUUGCUCUUCCCGAACAUGGUGUCUACGUUGUUUUUGUGGAGCUGGGUAAUACCAAGCUGGAACUUCUGCAUCCUUUAGGAGAGAAAAGUCCCAUUGCAAGCUUUCUGCAAAAAAACAAGACUGGAGGGAUGCAUCAUAUCUGCAUUGAGGUUGAUGACAUAAAAGCGGCUAUGACAGAACUGAAGAAAAAAAAGAUACGAAUAUUGAGUGAAGAGCCAAAAAUAGGUGCACAUGGCAAACCUGUGAUUUUUCUUCACCCUAAAGAUUGUCAUGGAGUCCUUGUGGAACUUGAGCAAGCUUGAUCUGUAAUAUUCAUAAAUAAAACAAUAGAUUAGUUAUGAAGUUACUUAGCUGGUGCAGGGAAUAUUGAUGUGGUAUUCAGCCUUUACAAGUUCACUGUAGUUCCUGUGGAUUAAAUACAGCUUUUGAGUACUGAAAUAGUGCUACAGAUUUAGGGUAACUUUCUUUUUUGUUGUUGUUGAUCUGAUUCUCAGAAUUAGUAUGUUGACAUUUCUUGAAUUCUCUGUGAUUCUAACGACAAAUACAUGAGCCAAGUUACAUAGGUAACAUAGUAAUUUAUGUUCUGUUGCCUCAUGUUUGCAGCAUGAUUUUAGCUCUGUAACCACAGAAACUGUACAGUUUCUAGGUCAACCCACGUUAUUUUGCUCUACAUUUCGGAGCAGAGACCCACUUCUCAGUGACAACAAUAUAGCUUAGAUAUUCCCUUUAGAAAUAAAGGAAAA